GGGCCUGACACCUAAGAUGGAUGGACGCAUAUCUCUGUAGCUCCGGAGUUAUGGAGCAAAUAUAAUGGAAAAUACCCCAAGAAAUACUGAGCAACCGAUUACAAACGGCAGCAGAAUAACCCCUACAUAGCCUGUUACACCCCAUGGGCAGAUUACACCGUCCUUGGGGGGAGUUCGACCCAAGAGGUCCUGCGGCCUAGCACGACUAGAGGCCUUUUACCUGGGAGAGGCGGCCGAUCUCCCGGCAUAGGCCCUACAAAUACACUGAGGACUCUUUGCUGCCCCGUUCUCCACCCCCUCUGGACCGGUGGGGGUCAUCACUAGCUGAAAUCGUUCACCUCCAUUGCUUAUAGUCGACCACACACAUCAGAGACAAGGGUCUCAGCAAAAUGGCGGACUCACCACUCAUUUCAAAGCACCCUUUGUACAACCCAGCGGAGUAUUAAUUGCCCGGUGGAGCAGUCACUCAGGCGCCUAGAAGCGACCUUUCUAUGAUUCUGGGCAGAAUUAGAGAAGCGCAUGGUCCCGACGCCACAUCAGCCACAAAUGGAGGUACGGGGGCAUCGGAGAGCGGAGAGGUGCAGACAACCCCUGAGUGCAGCCCUCACCCCAGCGCCAACUACCUCUGUUACAUGCCUGCCUAAACCGAAGGCUACCAGGUACCUACCCCCACAGGACCAGCCACCUUGCUGGAAGAUCACAUGCCGGCUGCAGGACUCCCAGGCCAUCAGAUGCUUCUACUCUGGGAGGGACUCUCGAAGCAGAGCCCGAGUUACGAGGAGGCUGGCCCCUAUCGGAGCUAGAGAUAGGCCUCACAAUCCCCUCAGCGUACCACCUCCCACAGCUCCCCAAGACCUUGCUGCCUACCAGGGAUCGGGUGAAGAAGAUGGCUCUCUCACAGAGAUUCACCUACUCCUUCCCAACAGGCGGUCUACAAAGCCUGAUAUCGGGACACUCGAUACUAGGCUUGCUGCCCCAGCAGGGUAUAGGCUGAGUUAACCCUUCACAUCCCCGGCACUACACACAUAAUGCCGAUAAGCCUACUUGCUCAACAGUCAGGAGCUGAUGUUCUUUUUCAUUUGGUUUCCUCGGUUAUACUGUUUAUAUAGUCUAUCCUAUACUGUUAUUUCUGUCUUUACUGACUCGCCAUAACACUGGGCAUACAACUUACAAGGCAACCGUUAAGCUGAUAAUUCUGUUUAACAUGCACUACGCUAUUCUGGUCUCCACUUACUCACUAUAAGCACACACAGUGCAUACACCUUUCAUUACUAACACUAAGCUAAGUGUACCGACCAACAUGCACUAGAUUAUUCCUGUCUAUUAAUUUCAUAGCACAUUGCCUUAAUAUAUUUAAUUAUUUUGUUAUUCAGUGUCAGACUACAAAGCACAAUUCCAUUGAUCCUUACGCAUUUUCAUACAUUGUCACGUCUGGAUUUAACAUGUAUUUUACUUUUUAAAAACAGUGCAUUGUAUUUUUAUGCCAUGUUACAACCUGUUGACGAACGGUCUCAUACCGCUAUUAUGGCGUAACAGACCUAAAUGUUAAUUCAUGCACAAAUAAAAUAAAGAAUUUUUUAAAAAAAAGUAACCCCCAGUCACAAUGUACUUUAGUUAUUCUUCCUUCCUAAAGAAAUAUUUCCCAGAAUCUAUAGAUGUGCUUAUUUCUCCAUAGCACAGAUGUGACUUUUUGAACUAAUUUUUCUGUGCAGACAAUCAAGCCGCAAACUUUUUUUUUUUUUCUGUUUAGCUAUGGUUGCCUCAAUUUAAUUUGUUAAAAUUCUGUUUAUUAAGUAACAGUAAGUGUGAUUUUUGUUUGUUACACUUUUGUUUCAGGAAUUGCAAAUUACAUAUCUGGAGGGAGGCAGAUGAGGAAAGAAUGAAGACAAAAGUUAAAAUAGAAAAAAUCUCACAUUUCUGGCAGAACAAUCUUGAGAAAUAAGUUUGACAAAGCUAUUUAUAUUGCUUGAAGCAGCGCAUGCUUUCAUAUCAUAUCAUCAUACAAUUAAUUUCCAUUUUACAAAAAGGAACCAGUCAAAUAAAUGCUAUUAUUAUUAUAGUCACAGUCAUUAAGCCAAGACAUCCCACCAAGACUUCUCUGCUGUCAAAUAAUAUAGACUAGAUUUAGUCACCAUCUGGUAAAUUUAGAAUUUAUAUACUAGAACAGGGGUGCCCAAAAGGUAUAUCCCCAGAUGUUGUAGAACUACAACUCCCAUGAUGCUUUGCAUGUCUUUAGAAUGAAAAAGCAUCAUGGAAAGUGUAGUUUUAAACCACCUGGGAAGCUACCUUUAGACACCCCCGUACUAGAAUAUGUCACUUAGUAAACCUCCUGUCCGUGUUGUUGAAGAUAACAUGCCCCUGAGACUACAUGUCAGAUAAAUUGCACAUUACUGCUACAAGCAAUGAAAGAAACAUAAACCUCAAUAAUUUGGUUACUAUAUAUCUACAAAAUUUUGUGGUCUAGGCUUCCUCUUACAGUAGGUGUCACUCCAUUGUAUAAAAACUGCACUGGGAGUUCACCAAAACAUAUUCAGCCCUGUUCUACAUAAAGGUCUUUGUGUUUUUAGUUCCCAUAAGUAGUACAUCACCUGAGAAAAAGGAAGGACAGGGC